AUGAAGCAAAAGAUCGUCAUUGAGGUAUGCAAGGAACGUCGUUCCAAAGCCUUGGCCCUUGCUGCUACAGCAGAUGGGGUUACCUCAGUGGCAUUAGAUGGGCAAAACCCAAAUCUACUGGUGGUGGUUGGAGAUGACGUUGAUGCAGCUUGCUUGAUAGAAUAUUUGAGGAAGAAGGUUGGCCAAACUAGCUUAAUAACCGUGGAAAAGGUAGUGCAGAAAGCGCCCGAGAAGAAAAAAGAAGAUGAAAACAAAAAUCCACCUCCAGCUUGUGUAUGCAAAGUACCACCUUAUUGUUACCAACCUCGGAUGGGAUUUUGUCAAGGGGCUUAUGUCGAAUAUCCACCUGGUUGGAAUGGACUUCACUGGCCCUGGUACUGA